AUGGCUUUAGAGGAGCAGCAUACUCAUGACUUGAGAGUUACCUUGAUAACAGAACUGGCUCCGUCCUGUCAUCGAAAGCUGAAAUCUACUCUAAAGGAGAAAUUUCAGAAAAUUAAUGAAGGAAUCUCAGAUCCUGGAACCUCAACCCUUCUGAAUGAGAUCUACACAGAUCUGUACAUCACAGAGGGAGGGAGUGGAGAGGUCAAUAAUGAACAUGAGGUCAGACAGAUUGAAGCAGCAUCCAGGAGACCAGCAACACAGGAGACACCCAUCAAAUGUAACGACCUCUUUAAAGACCAGUCCAUCAGAACUGUGCUGACUAAAGGAGUUGCUGGAAUUGGAAAAACAGUCUCUGUGCAGAAGUUCAUUCUGGACUGGACUGAAGGAAAAGCCAAUCAGGAUGUUCUCUUCAUAUUUCCACUUCCUUUUAGAGAGCUGAAUCUGAUAAAAACUGAGAAACUCAGUCUGGUGGAUCUUCUUUAUCAGUUUUUUAAAGAAACAAAAGAAUUAAAACCAGGAGAUUAUCAUCAUUACAAAGUCAUGUUCAUCUUUGAUGGUCUGGAUGAAUGUCGACUUCCUCUAGAUUUCCAGAACAAUAAGAGAGUAUCUGAUGUAACACAGUCAGCCUCAGUGGAUGUGCUGCUGACAAACCUCAUCCAGGGGAACCUGCUUCCCUCUGCUCUCCUAUGGAUAACUACUCGACCAGCAGCAGCCAAUCAGAUCCCUCCUGACUGUAUUGAUCAGGUAACAGAGGUACGAGGGUUCAGUGACCCUCAGAAAGAGGAAUACUUCAGGAAAAGGAUCAGAGAUCAGAGCCUUGCUGAAAGAAUCAUUACACACAUGAAGUCCUCCAGAAGCCUCUACAUCAUGUGCCACAUCCCAGUCUUCUGCUGGAUCUCAGCCACUGUUCUAGAGAGGAUGUUGGGUGAAGCAGAGGGAGGAGAGAUCCCCAAGACUCUGACUCAAAUGUUCACACACUUCCUUAUCUUUCAGAUCAAACACCGCAGCCAGAAGUACCAAAGAAAAAGUGAUGUUGAUCUUGACCAGACUAGAGAGAUUAUUCUGGCUCUGGGAAAACUGGCUUUCCAACAGCUGGAGAAAGGAAACCUGAUCUUCUAUGAGGAAGAUCUGAGAAAGUGCAGCAUUGAUGUCAGAGAAGUGUCCGUGUACUCAGGAGUGUGCACCCAGAUCUUCAGACAGGAGUUUGGACUUCACCUGGGGAAGGUUUUCAGCUUUGUGCAUCUGAGUGUUCAGGAGUUUCUGGCUGCUUUAUAUGAGUUUCUGUCUUUCAUCUCCAACAACAGAAAUGUUCUACCUGCAUUUUUAGAUUUUUUAAAAAAGGUAACAAUGUCUGAUUUCCUGAAGAGAGCCGUGAACAAGGCCUUACAGAGUGAGAACGGACACCUGGACCUUUUCCUCCGAUUCCUUCUGGGUCUCUCACUGGAGUCCAAUCAGACUCUCUUACGAGGUCUUCUGAUACAGACAGAGAACAUCUCUCACAGUAAAGAGGAAGUAGUGGAGUACAUCAAGCAGAAGAUCAGGGAGAAUCCCUCUCCAGAGAAAACUAUCAGUCUGUUCCACUGUCUGAAUGAACUGAAUGAUCAUUCUCUAGUGCAGGAAGUCCAGAAAUACCUGAACAGAGGAGGUUCCAGUGAUCUCAGUGGAGUUACUCUCUCUCCUGAUCAGUGGUCAGCUGUGGCGUUUGUGAUGCUGAAUUCAGAAGAGGAUCUGGAUGAGUUUGACCUGAGUAAAUUUCAGAGAUCAGAAGAAUGUUUUCUGAGGCUGCUUCCAGUGGUGAAAGUGUCCAGGAAGGUUGUGUGA